ACUGAAAAUACUACAGGUGUUAUUCUUCUUCUUCUUAGAUAUAGUAGUUAAACUCAAUAAUGAGUACUCAAUACUUGUGCGUUACGUAGGUGUUGGUAAUGUCUAUUUACAAUAAAAGAUCAAGGAUCAAAAAAGAAAAUACGGUGCAUGCUGUACAGUUGGUGCAGGAUAAAAACAUUCCAUCAUCUAGGUAACCAGUGUCUUGAAAGCUUCGAUAGUGGGAGCUUUCACUGUCGAUUCCGGUAAUUUAUUCCAGGCUAUUACUGUUCUUGGAAAGAAUGAGAAUUUGUAGUAAUCAUGUCUUGGGCUGAAGAUGGUGUAUGCCAUGGUAUUGUAGUGUCUUGAUGUUCUAUUUAGUGGAAUUAGAUUGCUGUAAGUCUGAUGAGUGUUCUGACGGCCGCAAUUGUUCUGACGAAAACACUGAAGAUAACGAGAGCACUUUCUCUUCUGGAGAAUUUGCUGGGAUAAUAGCAGGCAGUAUUGUUGGCGUGUGUCUGUUUUUGAUUUUUGUUAUCUGUAUUUGUAAUGCAAUAAGGAGAAAUACUUCAACUGAACAAGAAAAUUAUCAAGAUAAACCAACAGUGUCAUCAGUGUCACAUAUUAGUAAUGGAAAUACAACAGAAACUCCAAGGCCAAUACAAGAAAAUGGGGGCUAUAUAAAUACCGGAUUUAUCAUGGAACCCACGGCACCACCGUACACUGAUUUAAGUUCUGCUCCACCUUCCUAUGAUGACGUCGUUAAUGGAGAAUUUUGUAAAUAAGCGUCUAAUGAGUGGACACAUACUUCCUGUUAGGAAGUUAUAACCGAUGACAAAAGUCGAUAUCAUCAUAUAUAAAUAAGAACAUCAUAUAAAAAUGCAAUUCGAUAUGCUAGACACUACCAUCUAGUAUUACUUGCCACCAGGCAUAGACAACACGCAUGUGCCACUAAGUCUACUGCACAUCCGUCAGCAGAGUGGACAUUUAACGCACGACGUACAUUAGAUUAUCACCCUGGCUUCCGUCUUAAACAUGAUUUCGGUGUAGAGAGUGCAAGCUCUAGAAUAUUUAUGUUAUAGAUGAUCACAAUAUCUAGUAUAAUCAACAUAAAAACAUUACACUGAGCAUUAGGAAAUACAAAGGCUAAGGCACGUAUAGGCUAAAGAUCAUUAAAUAAACUGCUUCUCGGAAUACUUGAUAUCAUAUCCGGAUACCUCGUUAUUGGAGGAGAAAUUACAUUGAAGUUAAUUGUCUUAUUAAGAACUGUUUUUUUCAUAGUAUGCUCUAUUAUCAUUUUAACAUAGGUAGGCAUUACAUUUGUCAUUAUCUUUACAUCGAGCGUAAGCGAGCUUAAACAUGUGUACACUUAAAAUGCUUUCCCCGUGUUUAACUGAGCAUAAAGCAUGACAUGACAUAAUUAUUUCGAUUCUAAUAUGAUGAAUCAGAACAUUUUUGCUUCGAAGCGGACAUAAAUCACGUUUAUUAGAAAGGUAUCUUAUUUUGAUUUGACGAAGCAAAAACAAUCUAGAAAUAAAAAUGUGUAAAAUUUUAAAA